AUGGAAAGUGUUGUCAUUUAUGACUCCAUGUUCGCAUAUAAGAAUCGCCCCAGCAGCGCACCAUCUCAACUGACCACACAGUAUUCCCAGCCAUUCACCCUCCUUCAUUACCCUUACAUCAUCCAGUAUCCUCUGCAACCUAUCGAAAUGCCACACACACCUAUCUCCCCAGCUAUCCUCUACUUUGGCACCCCCGUUGCCAUCCUCUCCUCUGAAAACGAAGACGGCACAUCCAACCUCGCGCCUAUGUCUUCCGUCUGGUGGCUUGGCCACCGAUGCAUGCUCGGUCUGGAUGCAAGCAGCAAGACGCCGCAGAAUAUUCUCCGCACGAAAGAAUGCGUGAUCAACCUGCCUUCUUCCGACAUGGUGGACCACGUGAACGCGCUCGCUCUGACGACGGGCUCUGACCCCGUGUCUGCAAGCAAACAAGAGAGGAACUAUGAAUUCGUGAAAGACAAAUGGACAAGAGCAAACCUCACGCCGCUUCCCUCCUCCCUCAUCCAACCUCACCGCAUCCUCGAAUGUCCCGUGCAGAUGGAGUGCGAGCUCACCAUGACGCACCCGAUGCUGCAAGAUUUGUUCGGCACGUCCGGCCCACUGUAUGCGCUCGAGAUGAGGGUUGUCAAAAUCUGGGUGAGGGAUGAGCUAAGAAUGGAUUGGUAUGACAACAGGAUUGAUCCGGAUAAGUGGCAGCCGAUGAUUAUGAGCUUCCAGGAGUUGUACGGUUUGGAGGGAAGGAAAUUGGGGUUGAGCAAGUUGGGAGGGGUGCGGGAGGAGAAGUAUAGGGGUUUGGCAGAGGUUGAUGAUGUUAAGACGGCGGAAAAGUUUGGAGCAGAUGCAUUGGCAUGA